CGUGAUUGCUUGUGAUUGUCCGAAGUCCUCGAAAGUUCUGCGUCCUUCCCUCUGGAUUUCCUCCAUCAUCAGUUGCUUCAACCCUUGUGGUUAGCAGUAGCCACCGCCAUGCAUCCACUCGUCGUUCUCGCUGUACUGAUCCUAACGCUUCUCUACCUCCACCGUCGCCACCGCAAGCCCACGACAACUCUGAUCUGCACCCUCGACGAGGCCCGCAGUCUUCUCGCCAACCCUUCCACAGCAUUCACCCCCCUCCAGUCCCGCGCGCUCCCCAACCAGCGCCUCGUCACCGCCUUCGGCAUAAACAACAGUUUCACCACCACUUCCCUCCAGCACCACAAAUCCUUCCUCCACACCGCAUCCCACCUCCUAAAGCUUUCCCCAUCCCAAUGGGCCUCGAUGGCGCAGCUUGCACAGUCGCUCCUCCCGUCCAAACACACACGCACGCUCCAUCUCAUCCCCUUCCUCCGCACCUACGUCCUGACGAUCAUCCUGCACCUAUUCUUCCCCGCGUACAUGCCAGCGGACGAAGCGGUAGUAGGCCGGCUAGCGCAGCUGAUCCACGCGCUGUGGGUGCAAAGCAAGACCGGUGCACCAUCAUUGGCCUCCAGGCAAGAGCUCUCCGAGGUGAUGCGGACACUGUUCCCAGACGUAGCCGAGAACCCGCUGAACCUCCUGCUGCCGGCCUACGAGACGCUGUGGCGCGUCGUCCUCCGCCUGUUCAUCGAGGUGCACCGCGGCCCCGCAGAGUGGCGCGAGGUGCUGAAUCUCUACCUGCAGCGGCCGAGCACUGAGCGGUUCCGUAGUUCAAGAGACGGCGUGUCCCCCAUGUUCCUGGUGCGCGAGGCGCUAAGGCUGUAUCCGCCUACCAAGCGGGUCUACCGUGCGGUUGGGGAGAAGGCGUGGGUGGCUAUUGAUUUGGAGGCGCUGCAGAUGGACAGCAAGGUGUGGGGGGAGGAUGUCGCGAUAUUCAGGCCCGAGAGGUGGAGGUUUGUUGCUAGUGAGCGGCAGGCGGGGGAGAUGGGCUGGAUGCCGUUCGGUGAGGGGUGCUUUGUGUGCCCGGCGAAGGGGAUGUUUGCACCGCGAUUGAUUGCACUCCUUGUGGCAGCGGUUGGCAGAGUGGUGCCUGCUGAGGCGAUGCCGACGGCGGAAAGGAAGGAGGAUCUGCCCGAGAAGGGGAGGCUUGAUAAUGAACGGGAUGGGUAUGUGACGCUGAAGUAUUGUUGGUAAGGAUUUGGGCGUUUAUGCAGGCGUUAUGGCUAUCGGUGGCUGGAGCUGUGGGCACUUUGAUUUGUUUGGUUAUGGACUUUGGUGGUAUAUAUU